CGCAUGGCAUCUCAUCGCCGUCUCCAAUCAAUGGCAGCCACUUGCAUUCAGACACAAUUUGUUGAACGAUUUUCUUUAAUUUUCAAUCAGAGGCGAUCGUUACGCUAUUCUCCUGAUCUCGCUCGCGCGAGCGAGUCGGAAAGUCGAGAGAAAACAAGCAAGAAACAGGUAGAAGGAAGCCGCAGCUACAGUCAGAAGAGAUUAUUUCAAGUCGGCGAUGGCGCAGCUGCUCUCUUCCGUAUCGGCGGAAGUCUUUUCCAACUUUCGGAACUCGUCGUCGUCGUCCUUGCGCUGUUCCGGAGAUGGCUUGCGGGGAGCUGUGAAUCACCGGCGGUCUGGCAUCAAUCGUCGCCGCUCAUUCUGCAGGGGACAAAGACGAAGGGCUGACGUGGUUGUAGCCAUGGCCGAAGAUUCGUUCUUUAAGGAAGAUUUUGCUGAUGGCUAUUAUGAGGUUCUGGGGUUGCUUCCAGAUGCCAGUCCACAACAGAUAAAGCAAGCAUAUUAUAAUUGCAUGAAGGCUUGUCAUCCAGACUUAAGUGGAAAUGAUCCAGAGGUUACAAACUUCUGCAUGUUCAUUAAUGAAGUUUAUGAGGUUCUUAGCGAUCCUUUGCAGCGAAUGAUAUAUGAUGAAAUACAUGGGUAUGCAUUGAGUGCAAUCAACCCUUUCUUGGAUGACACUGCUCCCAAGGAUCACGUAUUUGUUGAUGAGUUUAGUUGCAUAGGAUGUAAAAAUUGUGCCAAUGUAGCAUCAAAUGUAUUUCGAAUUGAAGAAGAUUUUGGAAGAGCAAGGGCUUGUUGUCAAUCCGGGAAUCCUGCCUUGGUUCAAGAAGCGAUUGAUAGCUGCCCAGUUGAUUGCAUCCAUUGGACUUCUGCAGCACAAUUAUCGCUGCUCGAAGAUGAAAAGAGUGAAUGUAAAGUUGGUCUGAUGCUUGCUGGAAUGGGUGGUGGUGCAUCCACUGAUGUUUUUGCAAUGGCAUGCAAAAGGUGGGAAAAGCGCCAGGCAAAAGUCCUGAGAAAGGCUAAGCUGAGGAUGAUGAAGCAGAAGGAUUUUUAUGAUAGAACCGGGUCUUGGAGCAAUCUUUGGGGAAAUCUGAGACGUUAUGACAGCACAGAGGAAGAAGUGAAGGAGAGGUCUAAUAAAGCAGCAACAGCAGCAGCAGCAGCAAGGAGAUGGAGAGAGUACUCCAGCAAAGGUGCUGAUAGACCUCCUACUCUCAAACUUCCAGACACUAUCUCCAAAUCUGAUUAAUAUAGAAAAAUAACAAAUUGAUAAAAAUACUUCUUAUUCCAAUGAUUGAGAUGCAAAUCUUGUGUAUUUAUAGGCCAUUCAGGUACUUUUCAAGGUCUACAGAUUCCCUGAUAAGUUACUGUUAUCUGAAAUCCUAUUCUUUGUGCAUUUACUCAUCACAUAUAGUUAUUUAUGAAGCACAUUGAUGUGA